AAAAGAGAAACACAAUCCGAAUCGAAUUUAAUGAAACAUGAACAACUUAUCCAACCUAAGAAAUCCUUAAUUUAACCAAAAACCAAACAAAUUUGAUUUACACUUCUCUUACGCGCACCAAAAUCAAAUCCAAUUCCUAAAUUAAGCACAAUCAAUUCUAUCUCUUCCUUUAUAAAUUCCCAUUUUCAUCAAUCCACAAGCAUCAAUCAAUUUCUCUUCCUCUGAUGGUGCUGUGCGGUUUCAUGGCAGCAACAACUGGGUAAAGCAAAGCGACCAAAACGACACCGUUCUGAUAGGAAAACGAGAAACCAUGGAGGUAGAGAGGAUGAAACUGUUAAUGCUCCUUUCUUUUAGAAAGCAGAGUAAGCGUGUUGCUCUUGUGGGUGGAAACCACACCGCUUCAAGGUUCUGCACUCGCUAAAUUUCGCAACUUUUUUCACUUGUUUCUUCAUUUUCUCUUAUCUGCAUCUGGGUCCUCUUCGUUUUUAGCUUAACAAAAAUGGGUAAGCAGUUACUGCAAGGUGGAAGAGUUGGUUUUAAUUCUGGUCCUUUCUUGGUGAUUAAGGUUACUGAUGCAAGGUUUUUACGUAUUGUGUCACGGUCUUUGUUUUUGUCUUUGGUUCUUGUUGCAUUUCCUGUCUUGAGGUUCUUACUGAAAGGGUCAGUUUUGACUGGAUUCGAUGCUACUGCUGUUACUGCUUCAACUUCUGUGUCCAUCAAUGUUGACGUUUUGAAUUCCUUUCUUCAUGAUUUGGGUGAUGAGGGUCUUCUUAAAAAGGAGGAUAAGGCUCUUAUUAUGAGCCCUCCACGUGGUUUUGAAGGUGGUGAUUCUUUGUUGAAUUGGAACAGUGAGGUUGAUGUGGUUAUGCAUCAUGAGUCUUAUGAUUUUGUGUUCACCCGAAGCUUUGAAGAUGCGGUUUCUGCUGACAGUGUUCUUAAAGUUAAUGGCAUUGUAGCUUUUCCUUUGAGUGUUGAUGACUACUCAUCAAAUGCUGGUUUUAGAAAACAAUCUAAUUAUAGAGUUGUGUAUCUUAGGCGAUAUGAUUCUAUUUUUGUAGCAUUGAGGAAAGUCGGUGUGGAAAAUAGCUUGGCGGAUUCAUCGCCUAAGAGGAGGCUCUGUCAGUUUGCAUCAGUGGCUAAGGCAACUGCUUUAAGGGGUCUCGAAGACGUGCUCCUUGAGCCACCAAGACAGGGUUCUGCCAAAGCAAACAAGAACUUGAAGAUCAUAUACCUGCCUGAGUUGUUGGGCGAUUCUUUUGAUGGUUAUAAGCGAAGAGUGUUUGUUGGUGUGGGUUUGCAUGAGGAAAACAAAGCAGCUAUUGAAUGGUUUGAGAGAAACUACCCAAAGAAGGGUACCAAAUUUCAAAUUCACAGUUUACAGAUUACAUCAGAAGAGCCGGAUGUGCCCCAAACUGAUGUUUCUGCUUGGUUGUCUAAACAUGUGAAAGAGGAUGAGUAUGUUGUGAUGAAGGCUGAAGCGGAUGUGGUGGAGGAAAUGAUGAGGAAAAAUACAAUUUGCUUGGUGGAUGAAUUGUUCCUCCAAUGUAACAAUGAGUGGUGGCAGAAUGAGAAGAGAAAGAAGAUUGGUAGAGCAUAUUGGGAGUGCUUGGCUUUGUAUGGAAGGCUGAGGGAUGAGGGAGUUGCAGUACACCAAUGGUGGGACUGAAUAAAUUAGUGUUAGUUAUCCUGUGUUGCUAUGAUAUGCUUUGUAGCUUUUACACACUUGGCUUCUCUGUAAUCUGGUUUGAUUUGUUUCUAGUUUUUAAGAAUGUCUAGGGAGAACUGAGUAUGCCAUUGAUGCAACCUAAUUGUAUAUUUUUUUUUCCACAAUGCUAACUGUAUCGAUGAUGGUAUUAUGAUGCAAAUGAAUUGAUUGUGUUUCCUCUAGUUCUCUGCUGUUCUUUUUUCUGCCAUUGUACACAGUUGUUCUUCUCAUGAAUUAAUGCACAGAGAAAAGUGUCUAAUUUAAUUAACAUUUGAGAUCUGAAUAAAGCUUAGUAGUUUGCAACUCAACAGUAGAUUUUCUUGUAUAUGGGUAGUUAUAUUACCUACACCUUUAACUCUGAAUGAGACAUCGGAGAAACCUUGAAAAGUUCUGAUCGAUCAAAGAUACUCAUGUGAUAACCGAGAAAUGUGUGAAUAGGAAUGCAAACAUAAUAUUAUCACCAUGCAAAAACAUUACCUUGAAGGACAAUAUUUAUUGCCCUUGUCAUGCUUCAAUUAUGGUGGAGAUU